CGGCCGGCUGGCUGCCUCAGUCCGUGACGUGCGUCCGCGGGGACGGCCGUAUACCGCACCGCGCUACCCCGAGUGCCCGCGAGUGACGACUUACGUACACAUGCGCUCCUUAUACUAUAACUCUCCUUUUAUAGUACGAGUGACGCUUCAAUAAUGCUGAUGGUACAGACCAACACUCAACCCAUGAAGAACAGCAAAAUUAAAGGUCCACCUCCUAUCCCGCCGCGGCCCAACCAGAGCGUCGUCGCCGAGGCCCUCGCGAAAACUAGGAAAGCGGUCGCCGACUCCAAGGCCAGCCUUGUCAAAUCUCGGACGCUGUCUAAGGAUCGGCAAGCCACGACCAAAGCCAAAACGUUAGAUCGGAGUUCCGCUAGCCCUUCGUCAGUUUCACCCAAACAGAAUGGUUUGGCCAGAGUAAAAUCGUUCAUUAAAGAUGUCAUCAGCGACCGAAGCUCCUCGUCCGAUGAAAGAAAAUCCAGCGGCCAAAACUCCAGGCGGAGCUCCAGCGACAGCAGCUCCAUACAGUCCCCAGCUUCGAAUAAGAGAUCCAACGAAUCACUUAAUUCUAAAGCGGUUAAAACAUGUAAACAAAUUUUAGUAAGGUCCUUGUCGACAUCGAAUAAAUUAGAUCAAGACGCUAAGGGUAAAGUCACGAAAUCAUCAAGUUUCGUGGAAAAAACCAUACCUUUGCGUAAAGCACCACCGCCGCCUUUAUCACCCAAACCUAAGUUGAAACCAAUGAAACCUUUACCUGUACAUAGGAAUUCCUUAGAAAGAAAGAAAUCAAUACCAUCGUCCCCAAAUUCUCCAACGAUCUCAACUCCCGAAGUAAGUCCGUAUUCGUCGCCAGUAGAUGCUAAACCCCCACAGAGCCCGACGAUAGAAGCACCUUACGCCACGGUAGAGGAAGUUCAGGAAUUCGACGACAGAUUACGAAAUAGCCCGUCAAAGCAAGUCAAUAACCUCCCGGAUACACAAAACGCCCCCGACACUCCUAAUCGUGACGAAACUGUAAAUAAAAAUAACAAUUCACUCGAACGAAAAACCUCUCGAGUCACCGAGAUGCUAAUUUCAGAAAUAAUUGCCAGUAGAAACAAUAAAAAGAACGAAGCUAAUACAGUAAUAGAUAAAGGCAAGGAUUCCGAGAAUAUGAGUAACGGCAAUGAUUCGCCGGGGAUUGUGAUGAAGGAUAUGAAUAACCACGAAAUGUUGAUCUACGAGCUGCAGACGAUGCGCUCGCAGUCGAACGUGCCGGAGACGUUGGAGCCAAAGGACCAUGUGGUCGAAAGAAGUGAAAAGUGUGAUUCUGAGGACUCCGAACAAAACUAUGCUAUGUCGUCAGUGUCCAAUUUCAGCGGGAACACAGAUGAUGAGAGUGACCAGGCUUAUGCGUAUAUUGUCGACGAUGAUCUCAAGUCAAGGUUACGCAAACAGUUCAAAGCCAUCAGCACGAUGUCGCUGCAUGGUCUCCCGCCGCUGCCCAAGAGCCUGAGCGGCUUCGCGGACGGCGAGCCGGAGUCCCCGCCCGCCGCCCCAGUGGACGACGAGAAGACACCCACUGAUCUCGACUCGCAGCUCACCUAUUUGAAAAAAGAAAUGGCGGGGCUCCGUCAGUUGGACCUGUCGCUGCUGUCGGAGCUGUGGUCGCUGAGCGAGGCCAUGGCGUCGUGGCGCCGACAGCUGGAGCGCGGCCCGAGACUGCGCCCCGCGCCGCCGCCGCCGCCCCCGCCGCACUACCUUAGAACUUAACUUAAAUCAUCCUUUCAACCACCACUACAGACAAACACGAAUCUUUUUUUAGAAAUUUAGAAUUCUGCUAACACCUGUGCCCCUGUGGUAUAGUUUUGACAGACAUUAAGUACCUACAUUUUUUCUUUGAGGAAACCUUAUUUAUUAUGAAAAUCCUGUUUUAAGACUGCAUCGACCGUCCAGUGGCGCCCUCAUUGGGGAAUUGUGUUUUCUGAUAAACCAAUUAAUAAAUCAGUAGUAAACUUUUUGUGCUUGUCACAUAGUUUUAUUUUGCUGAUAAUUUUUUGAUUGAUCACCUAAACGGAAAAAUGCAUUUGCCGUUUAGUUGAUAAAGCGAAAAAAGUUGGGGAAUCAGUAGGACAACAAUAGUAAUAAUAAUAUUGUCUUCGGUUACCGCGAUAGUUACUCAUGAAAUAAAACUAUGAAAACGGAUUAUAUCGCGUAUAUUGAAUUUAUAAUACAUCCCAUUUAUGAUAAAUUCAAUAUACGCGAUAUAAUCCGUUUUCAUAGUUUUAUUUCAAUAGUAAUAAUAUAUAUUGAUUUAUACAUAAAUUACAUAAUUGGUUUAUUAGAAAAGGAUGGAUCCUAUGGAUGCAGUAAUAUACUUAUUAACUGAUUGUCAUUUGUUGCAACCUCAUUAUUAGUAUUGGUAAUAAAAGGUGUCCAAUUUCUCCAUCCAUUGUUUCCUUCUAUUGUAAGAUCCCGGUACGUAAAAGAUCUGAAUUAAUGUGAGUCUACACCGUCACUAAAUUUAUAAAUCUGUAGGAUUUUAAAUUAUAGAAACUAUUCCAAACGCAUUUAUCAAGUUAGUCUGGCCAACCAUUUCGACACUACCUUCAGACCUUCAUCAAUCAUAUACCCUUCUCAAAAAUGUACCUUUCUUUGGGAUGUUAAUAUUAGCGUAAGAAUAAUAUUAUGACGUGAUUGGUUGGCUAAACUAUCUAAAUAACUUCGCAGAUUACCACAGACGUAAUAGGUAAUGUGUAAUAUGUUGUGUGGUUAUUUGGUUGCAAUUGUAAGAUUUUUUAAAUAAAUCAUGACUAAGUGUUUCAA